ACAAAAAAGGUAUAAAUAUAACCUGAGGGGCAGUGAGAGGAGGAUCAGCAUAGUGUCUGUCUGGCUUCAUUUGAAGGUAAGACAGAAGCAAUAAGAACAGCUGAGGCAGCACAGGAGCUGUCAGAUUCUAUCAUCCUCUCUUAUCCAUGGCUUGCUUAGAUAAAUGUCAUUGCUCUGUAGACAACAGGAGGCAUGGGAGUAUUUUAUACAACAUUCUGAAAAAUGAGGAACACAAGGACUCACACAAUAGCAAGACAAGGAAAGAAGAGCACACAGGGGUGUAUGGAGCUGGCUGUUCUUGUGGAUCACAGAAGAAAGUCAGUCUUAAAAACCCACAGGUAUCAUGCAAGGCAGCUUCAGCAGUGCUUAUGAAGACCUUAAGGUUUGUCAAAAGUGUGCCCUGCUUUCAGGAGCUGCCCCUGGAUGAUCAGCUGCUGCUGGUCAGGCGCUGCUGGGCUCCCCUCUUGGUGCUGGGACUCGCGCAGGACAAGGUGGAUUUUGAGACAAUUGAAACAUCAGAGCCGAGUAUGUUACAAAGAAUUUUAACCAACAGACAAGGCGGGGAAAGGAAGCUGCACCAAGAGCAUCAGCACCCAGAGACACUGAGAAAUAACCUGGAGCAGCAGCACAGGCACACAGAGCUGCCUUCUGCAACAGAGAUUCGGUGGAUCAAGGAGUUUUUAGAGAAGUGCUGGAACUUGGCCAUUAGUACCAAAGAAUAUGCUUAUCUAAAGGGGAUUGUACUGUUUAAUCCAGAUUUGCCCGGAUUACACUGUGCUCAGUAUAUCCAGGGAUUACAGCAAGAGGCACACCAAGCUUUAAAUGAGCAUGUAAAACUGAUGCAGCGGUGGGAGCACACCAGAUUCACUAAGUUGAUUAUAGUCCUCUCCUUGCUCCAAUCCAUCAAUGCCAACUCCAUUGCAGAACUGUUCUUUAGACCCAUCAUUGGCUCUGUGAAUAUGGAUGACAUGCUGUUGGAGAUGUUGGGUGCAAAAAUAUAGUAGUGACCUACUAACUUCCUUUAUGUUCAAGUGAUACUCAAAAACAAUAGGAAGUGUACAUAGGGGGUAAUUCCAGGUUGAUCGCUCACUAGCAGUUUUUAGCAGCCGUAUAAAAGCUAUGCAGCCACCCACUGGGAGUGUAUUUUAGCUUAGCAGAAGUGCAAACUUUUUUAUCGCAGAGCGCCUGCAAAAAAUGCUUGUGUAGUUUCAGAGUAGCUCAAAACCUACCCAGCGCUUGCGAUCACUUCAGACUAUUCAGUUCCGGAUUUGACGUCACACACACCAGCCAGCGUUCGCCCCGCCAUGCCUGCGUUUUCCCUUGCACGCCUGCAUUUUUUUUGAACACUCCCUGAAAACGGUCAGUUGCCACCCAGAAACGCCCACUUCAUGUCAAUCACUCUGUGGCAACCAGUACGACUGAAAUGCAUCGCUAGACCCUGUGCAAAACUGCAUCGUUCGUUGUGCCCGUACGUCGCGCAUGUACAUUGCGCCGCAUAUGCAUGCACAGAACUGCAGUUUUUUAGCCUGAUCGCUGCACUGCGAACAAAUGCAGCUAGCGAUCAACUCGGAAUGACCCCCAUAGUUCUGACUUGUCCAAUAGGGCAGAAGCACAGUUAAACAUUCAAAAAAUUUGUUCUAUGACAAAUAAACGAAACUUAUUUUUUAUAUUGUCUGUUAGGAUACAUGAAUCUAACCAACACUUACAGAAUCAGUUGACAUUCUGUAUAAUAAAUAGCUUUCAUGGUAGUAUACUUGAUAUACAAGGAAUUUUAUCUUUCUAGAUAAUUUUACAGUUAAAAAAAAUGUGUAUAGCAUAGAGGGAUUUUAAAAACCUGCUUUUUAUCCCAUAUAAUUUUUACUAUAUUAACAUGCAAUCCGGUUGUUCAGUAAUAAUAUGCCUUCAGAGAUAUGCCAUGGAUUGUUCCAAUUUUCAUUGGAUUUGUAGCAGUGAUUAUAAAUAUGCUGGUAAAAUUAUGUUUGUUAUGUCUGUACCACUAUGUCCUACACAAUGUGGCAGGCCUCGGAGCCAAAGUUUAUAUAUGUAAGUUCAGCUUUAACUUACUGUACUUAUUGUAUGCUUGUGCAAAUGAAUGUGAGUCAAUAAAAGUACAUAUUGUGCCAACUGUGGUAUAGAUUACCAUGAGGGUGAGCAAUCUAAUAAGGGCUACAUAUAAUUCAUUCAUUUGCGAAAAUGAAAAUCAUUUUUGAUUGAUUUUUAUCAUUAUGAAUGGUAUAAUAAUUAGGACUAGCAGACAAGCAAAUUUCUAAACAAUGCCUAUUUUAAUAGGUCAUAUACUGAGGAACACCUAGGUGCAUUUACUACCAUACAGCCUUCAGCAUAUAUAGAAAUAUUGUUUUACAAUAUUGCUAAAUCACACCUGAGUUUUUUCUUGAUUAUAUAUGUAUGUUAAAUAUUUUCCAGUUUGUGUGUUAAAAACUGUAUUUACUUAGCAGAAAACUCUCUGUGAGAUGUUAUUGCUUUCUUGUACUUUCAAUUUUGAAUGCAAAACCUAUGAAAUUGUUUCAGCUAUUGUGUUUUAAAGUAAUGUAAAAUAUGUAACUUAUUGUUUUUACAA